CGGGCGGCGCGGCCGUGCCGUCCCAUCCCUUCCCUUCCCAUCCCUUCCCAGCCCGUCCCGCCGCAUCCCUGCGUGCGCCGGCAGCAUGAUCGCCGCCCAGCUCCUGGCCUACUACUUCACCGAGCUCAAGGAGGACCAGGUCAAAAAGAUCGACAAAUACCUUUACGCCAUGCGGCUCUCCGACGAAACCCUCAUAGACAUCAUGGCUCGCUUCAGGAGGGAGAUGAAGAACGGCCUCUCCCGAGACUUUAAUCCCACGGCUACGGUGAAAAUGCUUCCUACGUUUGUGAGGUCCAUUCCCGACGGAUCAGAGAAAGGAGAUUUCAUCGCGCUGGAUCUCGGUGGUUCUUAUUUCCGAAUUCUGCGGGUGAAGGUGUCGCACGAGAAAAAGCAGACGGUGCAAAUGGAAAGCGAAAUUUAUAAUACGCCUGAAGACAUCAUGCACGGCAGCGGGACCCGGCUUUUUGAUCAUGUUGCUGAAUGCCUGGGAGACUUUAUGGAGAAACAGCAGAUCAAAGACAAGAAAUUACCGGUCGGGUUUACGUUUUCUUUCCCGUGUCGGCAAUCCAAGCUGGAUGAGGGCGUCCUGAUCACCUGGACCAAGCGCUUCAAGGCGAGCGGCGUGGAGGGAGCGGACGUCGUGAAGCUGCUCAACAGGGCCAUCAAGAAGCGGGGGGACUACGACGCGGAUAUCAUGGCAGUGGUGAACGACACUGUGGGGACCAUGAUGACCUGCGGCUUUGACGACCAGCGUUGCGAAGUCGGCCUGAUCAUCGGCACGGGCACCAACGCCUGCUACAUGGAGGAGAUGAGGCACAUCGACCUGGUGGAAGGCGACGAGGGGAGGAUGUGCAUUAACACGGAGUGGGGGGCCUUCGGGGACGACGGCUCGCUGGAAGAUAUUAGGACCGAGUUUGACCGUGAGAUCGACCGCGGCUCCCUCAAUCCUGGAAAACAGCUGUUUGAGAAGAUGGUGAGCGGGCUGUACAUGGGGGAGCUGGUCAGGCUCAUCCUGGUGAAGAUGGCCAAGGAGGGGCUGCUCUUCGAGGGAAGGAUCACCCCCGAGCUUCUGACCAAAGGGAAGUUUGAGACUAAGCACGUUUCCGCCAUAGAAAAGAGCAAAGAAGGCCUGAGCAAAGCCAAAGACAUUUUAACCCGCCUGGGAGUGGAGCCGUCGCACGAGGACUGCGUGGCCGUCCAGCACGUCUGCACCAUCGUGUCCUUCCGCUCGGCCAACCUGGUGGCGGCCACGCUGGGGGCCAUCCUCUGCCAGCUGCGGGACAACAAGGGGGUCGGCCGGCUCCGCACCACCGUCGGGGUGGACGGCUCCCUCUACAAGAUGCACCCGCAGUACGCCCGGCGCUUGCACAAAACCACCCGGCGCUUGGUGCCCGACUCGGACGUGCGGUUCCUGCUGUCGGAGAGCGGCAGCGGGAAGGGGGCGGCGAUGGUGACGGCGGUGGCCUACCGGCUGUCGGAGCAGCACCGGCUCAUCGAUGAGACCCUGGCCGAGUUCAAGCUCACACACGAGCAGCUGCUGCAGGUGAAGAAGAGGAUGAGGACGGAGAUGGAAGCGGGGCUGAAGAAGAAGACCCACGAGACCGCCAAAGUGAAAAUGCUGCCCACCUUUGUCCGCAGCACGCCGGAUGGGACAGAGAAUGGAGACUUUCUGGCACUUGACCUUGGAGGAACGAACUUCAGAGUUUUGCUGGUGAAAAUCCGCAGCGGUAAACGGAGGACGGUAGAAAUGCACAAUAAGAUAUACGCCAUUCCUAUAGAAGUGAUGCAGGGAACUGGAGAAGAGCUGUUUGAUCACAUCGUUACCUGCAUUUCUGACUUCCUGGAUUACAUGGGAAUAAAAGGUGCACGGCUUCCUCUUGGCUUCACGUUCUCCUUCCCUUGCAAACAGACCAGCUUGGAUGCUGGUAUCUUGCUCAACUGGACAAAAGGAUUUAAAGCUACGGACUGCGAGGGAGAAGACGUGGUGUAUUUGCUCAGAGAAGGAAUCAAAAGAAGAGAGGAGUUUGACUUGGAUGUGGUGGCUGUGGUGAACGAUACGGUUGGCACAAUGAUGACUUGUGCCUACGAAGACCCAAAUUGUGAAAUUGGACUCAUUGUGGGAACCGGCAGCAAUGCCUGUUACAUGGAGGAGAUGAGAAACGUGGAGAUGGUGGAUGGCGAGCAAGGAAGGAUGUGCGUGAACAUGGAAUGGGGAGCUUUUGGGGAUAACGGGUGCCUGGACGACAUCAGGACAAUAUACGACAAGGCAGUUGACGACUAUUCGCUAAAUGCUGGCAAGCAAAGGUACGAGAAGAUGAUCAGCGGCAUGUACCUGGGGGAGAUCGUCCGCAACAUUUUGAUCGACUUCACCAAACGGGGCUUCCUGUUCAGAGGCCAGAUUUCGGAGACGCUGAAGACCAGGCACAUCUUCGAAACCAAGUUCCUCUCCCAGAUCGAGAGCGACCGGCUGGCCUUGCUCCAGGUGCGAGCCAUCCUGCAGCAGCUGGGGCUGAACAGCACCUGCGACGACAGUAUCAUAGUCAAGACGGUGUGCGGAGCGGUGUCGCGGCGAGCGGCGCAGCUGUGCGGUGCCGGCAUGGCUGCGGUUGUAGAUAAAAUCAGGGAGAACCGGGGACUUGAGCACCUGGAAAUAACGGUCGGUGUGGACGGGACUCUGUACAAGCUGCAUCCACACUUCUCGAGGAUCAUGCACCAGACCGUCAAGGACCUGGCGCCCAAGUGCGACGUGACGUUCCUGCUCUCGGAGGACGGCAGCGGGAAGGGGGCGGCGCUCAUCACGGCGGUGGGCUGCCGGCUUCGCGACGCCGAGCAGAACUGAACGCCUCCGUCCCGGCCCCGAUUCUGUCUUAUCUGGUUCCACUGGUGCUUCCCGCUGCUUCUGUGAACGGUGUCGUGUUACCGAGCAAAACCUGUAACGUUUCGGCUAAAAAUCCCUGAGGAGCAAAACACAGCGAGGUUGGUGGCUGGGGUAAUCCAAAUCGCCAGGCACGGGAGAUCGGGCGACUCACGGUCCCGAGGCGGGCUGCGCUGGACUCCUCUCCGCAGCGGUUCUCACGGAGGAAAAAAAACAACCAAACCCCCCAUUUUCCGUCUCUUGUGGCUAGCGUAGACAGGGGCGCUGCAGCCGCCCGCGGCGAAGCGGUGUCACGUGGCCGUGCCCUUCCUUCUCGCGCCUUAACUGGGUAUCUGCUUCCACUCAGAGCUUUAACCUUUAGUACUGUUCAGCAGCCACUCAAAACGCGACAGCUAAAGCUAAGGAGGAAUUGGAGGCUUUGAUUUUUUUUUUCAUUUUGGCUUUGAGGACCCAAGUGCAUAAACCUGCCAAACCGCAAAACCAGAAUCAGACCCAGCUUGUUCCAAAAGCUAAAGCGACCGCAAAGAUUACACGCACUUGGUGUACCGUGUCCUCCGUCGAGUCGCUGCCCUUGUUGUGUUCACCUAGCAGUUACUUCUUAAAAGUAGGUUAGGAAGGCAGAGUUAAACGACACUGGCAAGUCACAGCACUGUCUUUCUGCAAAGAGGGAGACCCCCACGAUAGCGUUUAAUUCCCCUUCCUCUACCACCACGAGAAUUUGAGAUCUCUGCAUGGUUUUCCCUCCUCUCUUUUCCUGCAGAAAGUAGGCAGAAAUUUGCAGGCUGCUCCUGCUUACGUUCUCUUUGCGCCCCCUAAGAUUUGGAUUGCCCUGCCUCUUGGUAACACUUCGGUAUGCGUUACGGUGCACUGUGCGUGAGUGUCGUAAAGUAACACGUGAGUCACAACCAGUCCUUGCAGCUUUAAGUGUGUGUCUACCUGAAAAAUUGCAUGCCUAACUGGUUUUGCAAAGGUAGAGAGUCUUUUUACUUUGCACACUAGUAGCUACGAUACUAGUGUUACGUGGUAUUUGUGGAAAAUAUUAAACGUUUUUUUUGAUGUGUGUUAA